ACUUCAGAGAAAAGAGAGCUGCAAACAGAUAGUGUAGAGAACGGUCCAGAACACUUAACCUGCUCCGUUCAACAUUUUCCUUUCACGUCUUUCAGAGAGAUCAGAACUUGUUAUUUGGAUUACAGGGCCUUACUCUUUUUUUUCUGCUUUUUCCUCCUAUUUUUAGCGGAUAUCAUGGAAAGGCCUAUCGGAUAUCUUCCAAGAGUACCAGCACCGCAGCCUUUUAGUCCCAUUGCGGACAACAACAUGCUCUACCAACCUCAGCCUGGCUUCCAACCCACACCACCGUACCCAGGUUUCUCUCCAGACUACAAUGGAGCCUACCAAGCUCAGCCUGGGAGCUAUCCCAAUCCAGUUCAACAACCUGCUUACCCGUAUAGCCCACAGCAACCUCAAGUCGUACAACCCGCAGGGGCCCCGGUGGUGGUGAUAAUGCAGUCGCAGCUGACUGAUGUUCCUGGACAGAUAAUGUGUCCUUACUGCCAAAACAUUGUUAUCACUCAAAUCGGGUACGUAACUGGCAGUUACACCUGGAUGAUCUUUGGCAUACUAGCAGUCUUCAUGUGCUGGUGUUGCUGUUGUAUCCCCUUCUGCGUGGAUUCUUGCAAGGAUGUGGAGCAUUCCUGCCCCCACUGUCACAACGUCCUGCACAUCCAUCCAAGAAUAAAAUAACAAUAAAAAGUAGAUAGACUUUAAUCAUGACUAAAUAUAGAUCUGGACAGGAGCCAAAGCUCUCCAUGCAAACACCCAUCAGACAAAGCAAAAUACUUUCUUAGUCUUUGAAGUGAAACGUCAAACAUCCACCACUGAUGAAGAACAGAUUAGAAGAGAAUGAAGACCUCUUUGUGCGGCUGCCGUGUUUACUGAUUUAAAUGUGCAUGAUGCAAAUAUGGGUACACAUUUUAUUAUUCAGUGGGAUUUAUGUUAUGCAUUCUAUUUCAUCUAUUGUGAUCAUUGUAUGAAUAUUUUCCCUCAUUGUAAAGCACUUUGUUCUGCAUUUCUUUAAA